AUGGUCACCGUAAAGAGCGAGCACUGUGUUACCUGUGCUCGCCCCUGGAACAUGGGCAGCACCGACGGCCUCUCGAACUCACCAAGACGCUCCCCACCCUUGACGGUUUCCAGAGCCCUAAAGGAGCACUGCAACAUCCCCUUUGACGCCUUCUUCCUGGCCACUUACACCAAGGACGGGACCCUCACCUACUUCUCGGGACCCAGCCGCAUGCCGGAGGAGCAGAUCAACCAGGUCUUUACCCGCGCCAAAUUCCUCCGGUUCAUCCGCCAAGCAUCACGGAGGGACGGUGUGUCAGAGGGGUAUGAGGAGGAGUGUAACGGCCAGAUUCAUCCCUCCAUGCCGAACCGGGCCUCCCUUGACAACCACUGGACUACGGGGCCCGGCCGCCGGAAGCGGCCGAGGAAAGCGGUCUCGAUGCGGCGUCAGUUGGACGACGAGGCGGCACCGGUCGUCACUAGCAUCAAAAAGCCCCUCGUCAUUGGCGACUCGAAAGCUGUCAUGGACUUUUAUGACCGCUCCUUCCGAUGGAUCCAGCAGACCGCUUGCAAGGAGCUAGGCAAGGCAUUCGUCAAGCUGAUCUGCCCCAAGAAAUCGGCCCAGUAUCAGUACAACAAGGGCGAAGUCACGGCGCCGGACUGGUGGCCGCACUGGGCCCACAACAAUAAGCUGGUGCGGCACAAGGAGCCGGAUCAUCUCUUGAAGGAGGAACGGAUUGUCCUCUUGAAGCAAAUCCUCAAAUUGGUUGUUGAUCCUACCAUCCGACCGCCGUCGAUGCGAAACUUGGGCCCUGUCUCGGUAGCCCAGCUCGAAGUUGCAGCGGUCGAAUCGCUCGCUGCCUUCUUCCGUGAUCCCAAGAAGCCCAAGAACGACCGGAAACGACCGAUCUUGAAGGAGCUUUUCCGCGUGGCUAAGAUGGAGGAGAGGUACAAAAGGAACGAGAUUGAUGGCACGACCCAAACCAUGAUCGACGCGGACGACAUGAUCCGGAUGAACGACUGGUUCGACUUUGACGAGGAACGGGCCUCGGAUGAAUGGGACGCUGCUCACAGAGAAGACAUGGGGAUCCCAGCCGACGCGAUCCCGCUCUCUCCAUCUAUAUCGCCGGUACCCCAGGCUCUCGCCGCGCAGUUUCAACCCUCGACCGGCUUCCAGGAUCUGCCGCACCGACCCAAUGUAUAUGGCGCGCCCGCUAUGCUGCCCACCGACAUCUCGGCUGCUGAGCAGUACUCGUACCCGACCGCAACCAUGCAUCUGCCGAACAUACUCACCGGUCUUUCUCACCAACCCCAUGAGCACCACCCCCACAGCCCCCAGCAGCACGAUGCCAGCCGUCGUUCGUCUCUCUUCAUGGCCAACAACGAGUUCAAUACCCCACCUCCUUCGGCGAUGUACCCUACGACUCACUGGGCCCAGUCACCCCAAAGCCAGGGCCCAACCACCCCCAACCUUAUCGCAGCAUCCACGCCGGAUGUCCCCGCAUCUUCGCCUGCCAUGUCCACUUCGCCCAUCUUCGCGUACCCCCACAGUGCUAUCCCCAUGCAGCAUGAGUUGUCACAGCAAGGCCACAGCCAGCCGCCGAACGACUUCUCUGCUUCAUCUCCCGUGUCGAUGAUGCAUCAGCAACAGGUCCAGCCACAAUACCACCCGUAUCAACAACAACAACAGUACCAGCCGCACCAACACCAGCAGGCCCAUUCACCGUUGCAGCAACAGCAACAGAUGUAUGGGCAGCAGCCGCAACAUCACCAGGCCGUUAUGUUUGGGGCUGGGAACAUCCAGUUGUCGAUGUGA